GAGGAGGACUGGGUUUGUUUGCAGGUAGAGUGAGAGCGCGCUGGGGUUGUUGUUGGUGUUGUUGGUGUGCGAGAUUGUGUGUUAGUGAUGGCGGCUCCUUCUUCCAGGGAUGCUGCAGCCACCAUGACCGUCCCCACGCCCCCGAAGAAAAGCACCAACUUACACGAUCCAUAUAGCUUGAAGCGCGUCCUCGACGACACUACAUCCGAGGUAGUACUUGAGCGGGGCUAUGUCGAAAAUGUGAGGUUGAGCAAUCUGAAGAUGUCCAUAGGCCUGAUCACAUGCGCCAUUGCUUUAGCUGCUCAAUUCUACCCCAAGAAAUUUCCUGAGAACAAAACCUUUUUAAUUGGCUGCAUCAUCUUGUAUGUGAUUUUUAAUGUGCUUCUGCAAUACAUCAUUCUAACUAAAGAAAAACAGCAUAUUCUGUUCACCCACCCGUUCCCGGGAUCAUUCAGCGGUACGGGAUUGGCAAUCUCUUCAAAGAUGCCCAAGUCUUCUGACAUGUACACAUUACGGAUAGAAAGUGCGGAUCCCCAACACAUCUUGGCUCAUCCACCUGUAGAGCUUACCAAGAGUGUAACCAAGUGGUUUACAAAAGAUGGAGUUUUGGCGGAGGGCAUCUUUUGGGACGACGUUGAGAGUUUACUGGAUGAAUAUGAGAACGAGUCUCGCAAGUCGAAGUGAGAACAGUGGACUCGGAGAAAUGUUCUUAAUCUCAUUGUUCAAACUCAACUUUUCGCAAAGUAUUGUUUUGCAACCCCUUUCAUCUGGCACUCGCACCGGAACUGCCAAAGAAAUCAAUCAUUUUAGACUAUCCCGUUUCGAUGAUGAGUACUAGGGGUGUCUCAGUAUAUUGAUAUUGUCUGAGACUCCAAAAUGGCUGAGGACCACAACUUAUAUUUCUGCAAGUUUAGUCCUUAUGUACGAAGGUCUCACGAGAUAUGCAUAAAGCAGGCUGUUUGUUGUACUCCUAAA